UUUUAAAGAAAGAAUGUUUAUUGAGAAUCUUACAAGAAAAACUUAUUGUACUACUGUUUUUGUAUUUGUUUAUUUACUAAAUAGAUAAAGUCAUAGUUCAUUUAUAAUUUUAUGAACCGGCAAUAUAACGCGAAAAUUGGCAGUUAUUUACCGCGCUGCUUUCAGAUUGCAAAUUCAGAACGUCAUUUGGGAUUGAAGUGCUUUACAUUGCGCGCUCCGUAAAAAUAAUAGUUUUGCAAUCAUUUUUUUAACUCUUAUCUGUAUUAGGGUUCCUGAGUGCUUGAUGAUAAAUAUUUUUAUUGGAACAAAGGUUUGUUAUAUCUACGUAAUGAUUGUCUAAUAUCGUUUUUGGUACAAUAAGGUUAAUCCAUUAUUCAUAUCCAUCAUUUUCCAUGCUAUUAAAUAGUAUUACUUAUUGUACACAAAUAAGAUAAUUAAAAGUGCUUUAAAUAAUCUUAAUAUUACAAAACAGCAUGUACGAAGUGAAAGGUUUCUAUUUUUAUAAUUAAUACAAAAAAAUAUAUACAAAAUCUAUGGUUAGAAAAGGAUGAUUGGUAUUUACAAUACAACAUUUGUGAGUGGUUUAUUAAAAACUGUUUUUUUUAGUGACCUCGAUUAUGAAAAUUUUAUAAAUUUAAUUUACAAUAUUUUUUUUAAUAAAUUCUAUUUAAUUAUAAAAUGAUAACCAAUAUAAUAUUAUCAUCAAUAAAUUGUUUCAAAAAGACAUUUCUUUUAACGCGAUAAUGAACUUGAACACGAAGAGACAGUAAUGAAGUACGUCCAUAGUAUCGUUAUAUGCUGUAUUCUGUGUUGAAUCCGCACGCACCUCGAAAAUCUUGAGGCUUUUGAAGGAAGGCGUCGUGUAGAAAAUUUCCACAACUCACUAACACCGAUCCGGAGACCGUACGCACGAAACUUUUCACUCACACACGUGCGUACGUCAAAAUAAACUGAAACUCGAAGCGGCCCCGUGAAAACUGCUCUCGUCCCGCUCUCGCGCGGUCCCCCGUCCUAUUUCAACAGGUUUCGCUUUUCAGCAGAUGCAGUAGAGCGAGUGCCUCUAGUAACGGAGCACAAACAGUGCGGGGAACACACGUCGCGUCUGAAAACUGAAAACACAGUUUCACUAACUACUCCGACAUCACCUGGCACUAACCUUAUUCUGACUUCGGCCGAAACGCGCGCCACACUUCUGAAACUUCGCGAUAACACAACUAUUUUUAAAUGGAUCGAAUGCGGCGUGUGUUCAGUGAAAAUUUUCGGAGUGCUCGCGUGAAUCUCGCGUACCGUCUUUAAGAUGUGCCGCACGUGUCCUGAACAUCUCUAAACUUAGUGCCGAAAACUGCCAAGCGAACCCCCGAACGGGAUGACGCGCGUCCAAUACCAACCGAGCGACUAAACCGUGAAUUGAUAAGGAAUUAAUUAGGAGUUAAGAAAGAAAAAAAACGACAAGAUGUAACCGAUGUUUAUAUCUGCAGUGUUGUGAAUUUUCACCUAGUUUCUAGUUGAUAAACAGACAGAAUGUAGACGUAACUAUACGCUAAUACGACAUGGUUGUGAUUAUAAAAGAAACAGAAGGAUUUUCUGUUUCAGUUGUGACUUAGAAAAUUGGUUGUAAUUCUCCGAUAGUUGUGACUAACGUAUAAAUAUAUUUCGAUACGAUCAGAUAGUGAAUUAAGUGUUUGUUUAAUACGUUUGUAUUACCGUAACAAAAGGAUCUGAAGGUUGUCAGUGUUUAUUCUGAACUUUGUUUUCGCGGCUAAAUUUCCCUGGAGGUUGUUCGUAUUACAGUAACAUUUCGCAAGGACUUAGAUAAGGUGUCGACAUUCAAAUGUUAACAGUGUUGUGGAAUAUUCUGUUGUGACAUUGUGAGGAUGUACGAACUGGAAACGGGUUUCGGUGAAGUUUUGGCGCGUGAAUUAUUAAUCAUUUGAAGAAUGAGGUGGUAGCAAGCAACUACGAGGCCCAUGUGUGAUGGCGGCGGUGAAUUCGGUGCAAACAUCGCGGCUGCCGUUGCCGAGGUUCUCGCCGCGUGCCGUGUUGAUGUACAGCGCAGCGGUCGGCGGCGAGGGUGCUGUGGCGCUGCAGCUGCGAGAGGCGGCCCCGGGCGAGCUUGAUGCAGCGCGACUCCACGACGAGCGUCUGGCCAUCGCCUGCCACGAGCCCGAACUGCUGGCUGACCUCCUGCACGCCGCGGCUGAUAUCGAUGGCGAGCAGGAUGGUCUCACAGCAUUAUUGGCUGCGGCAUCGCCUGACUUGGCACUUGCAUCCGAUGCAUCCGACAGCCUACCACUACCCGACCACGAUCAUGAUUGCACCACGUCAUUGCCAACUUCGAGCGGAAUAUUGAACGGUAUAGCCACAGUGUCCGUUGCAGUGACAGGGCUCGAAGCCAAGCCCCCGUUCGCCGUGAAGAAGGUCCGACCCAAACCCGCAUCACCCAACCGACAAGGCCCCCAACAGUGUCAAGUGUGCAACAAGAUCUUCGGUAACGCAUCUGCCUUAGCCAAACACAAACUAACGCAUAGCGACGAAAGGAAAUACGUCUGCAUCACAUGCGCGAAGGCUUUCAAGAGACAAGAUCAUCUUAACGGUCACAUGUUGACACAUCGAAACAAGAAGCCAUACGAAUGUAAAGCGGACGGAUGUGGGAAAUCAUACUGCGACGCUCGCUCCCUACGGCGGCACACGGAGAACCAUCACCACCCACCGGCAGACGGUAAAAACAGCAACAGCUCAAUCGACAAUGACCGAGAACCAAACUCACAGCGCGUUUCAUCUCCAAUAUCACCGGGACGCAGCCAACCUCCGCAUUCCGAUUCGAGCAACGGAUCGGAAAAGUCAAGCGCAGCUACAAGCGGCAGCGGGGGCGGGAGCGAUAGUCCACCGUGUACCCCACCGACACCAGUCACUCCGCCCGUAAAACAAAAGACCAAAGCCGCAACCAAGCCGAAAUCUUGUAAUGCAGCGCAACAAGGAAACACGAAAUGCGGCGGUGGUGCUAGUGCGAGCGGGUCCCACAGCAGCACAGCAAGCGGGCCGAUACAAAACGCUUCACGUACUAACGACGUCAAACCAGUCGAAUGUAACCUCUGUCAUCGGAAAUUCAAGAACAUACCCGCUCUAAAUGGCCACAUGCGUUUACACGGAGGAUACUUCAAAAAGGAUUCAGAUAGCAAAAAGCUAGAUAAAAAAGAAACGACCGGACCACCUCUGCAAACAGCAUCCGUCUCGGUACGAGCCCUCAUUGAAGAAAAGAUCAUUAGCAGACGAGGGGCCACGGCAAGCUCGACGAAUUGUACGAGUACGGAUACUGUAGCCUCACGUUCUGGUUUCGUUGCGCCAGCGCCGCCACCGCUGUCAACGAUACGCGCGUCAUCCUCAUCACCCGCCACUACGUCGGCACAGUUCGUACCGCCACGGGCGCCAUCCGCCGUCACUGUGGCCGCGAACUUAUCUACUAACAUGAGCGCCGCACAAAGGGACUCUACUCUAAUCGAACUCUUGAAGAAAGGGAACACUAAAGCUGUCAAACGAUCGGCAUCGGACCCGGGACACGCAUCGCCACAGCAAGACUACACGUUUCGUCCGGAACUAUUCGGGGUGUCCUUUAACUCUGAUGACGGGUAUUUCUCGCCGGCACUAAACGAUGACACGUUUCAAUUCACCUCCGCGCCAGACCAACUAGAAGAUCUAGCUUCAUUGGAAGACUACGCAACUGUGGCUGCUUCGAUAAGAGAAAGAUCCCCGGUCACAUUCCCGUACAGUCGACGUCUGGCUGCGGUUCUAAAUUCACCUCUACCGGAAUCGUUGGCGGAUUUCGGCGCAUGCCAUGGUGGUUCGCCGGUCACCUCUCCCGGUAUCGGAUACACGGCAAAUUCACCGGGACUAUCGUAUACGACCGGGGAUUCGCCGGGCUUAGCGUACACAGCAGCGUCGCCCGGUGGCAGUUAUUCAACGCAGCCUUCGCCCGGUUUUACUUACCCAACGCCACCAGCUUCUCAUGAUGCUCAUUCUCCGGCACACACGGUUCCUCGAGCGUCAUCACCGCUAUCAGCCGCUUUUUUCACUGCCACUAUGUCCAGUCAAGAAGAGGUUGAAGAAGCCUUAGAAGAAGUUUUACCGGAGGAAUGCAGGUCACUUGAUGCCUAUUCACUGGAGCCUUCGCAAACCGCACGCCGUAUCAUGCUCAACUCGGAAGACCCUUUGCUAUCGAGCAGCCCCAGAGAUUUCUCCCAUCAAAGAAUAUUCAGGCGUCAACAUCGGAGCGUCGUAAAUACUACUGGACAUCUACAACAAUGGCAACAUGAUAAUUCACUUCAGGUCUGCGUUGAAGGUCGAGAUACGGUACCAGCUGUGUUCUUAAGUCCGAACAGUGUGCCGGCGUCACCACAACGAAGGAAACGUCGAGCAUCACCUGCGGGUCCUUACCGAUCAAGGAUGCGAAGAGCUAUCAGUCACUUCACGCCGCAACCGAUGCUACCACCCGAACGCGAUGGCUCUGGACUAUACAUAGAUUUGACGGCUGGAAUUCUAUCAGAAAAUGAUGGUUUAUCGCAAACGGAGGACGUUCGAAAGCCGCAAAUAAAUAUCGGGACUAAUUUCCAAGCCGAAUUACCAGAGCUGUACAGCGAUCGUGAUGAUCUACAUCGAGCACCGGAACAACUCCUUUGGGAUCCGGGCAUAAACGAAGCGUUAGAAGACAACGAAGUACGAAUGUUCAUGGAACUAGCGAUGUGUGCUGCUAUGCCAGUCGGGGGGCACACAAGAGAAUUUGCCUUACAAACUUUAGGAGAAUGUGGCGGAGAUAUCAGAGCGGCCACUCUACGACUAAUGUCAAGACCUGUGGUGCCAUCGCAGCACGAGUCGCGUUGGGCGCCCGAUGAAGUCGAAGCGUUCUUAUCUGGACUAAGCCAUUACGAUAAAGACUUUUUUAGAAUUUCGCAACUGGUUAGAACAAAGGACUCGAAGCAAUGCGUUCAAUUCUACUAUUUUUGGAAGAAAGUAACGAAAGACUACAAGACCCAGUACCUAAGGAGUUGGUGUGCCGAUCCGCAUACAUCACAAGGUUCUGUAGCACAAGUAACUACACAUAGCAACACCUCGUGCACCUCAUCACCGACUUCAUACGACAAUGAGGAGUACCCAUGCAAGAUAUGCGGGAAAGUAUUUAACAAAGUAAAAAGUCGUAGUGCACACAUGAAGUCACACCGGCCUCUCGACGCCGAAACGAAAAAAUCAAAACUCGAAAAGCCUUAUGAAAAGGCCGAGAAAUCUGAUGGCAGACAUAACACAACAAACGAAUUUCACAAAACGUUGUAACACAUGCUGGCAUAAAGUCGGCGGGUUCUUGUGAAAUGCUAAAAUGUAAUUAUUCUUGAUUAAGAUAAAAAGAUCGCAAGAGCUAUAAAGACUAAAAUUUUAAAAAAAUCGACUUGCAUCGUUACAACAAAACUUUUUACUAAGCAUUUUACAAUAAUGUCCCCUUUGCAUUGUACGCUAUUAAAAUAUGAUACAAUUGACACCCCGCUCAUUCGCACAGCGUUGUAAAGAUAGAUUAUACGCAUAACAUUUGGUUGUGAACCCGCUGUCCGAAACAUGCCCCCCCCCCCCGUGCACAUUGUCGCCACCGACCCCCACUCACCACACACACAUUGUUUACUCUUACUUGAACUGUUCAAGAAAUAGCCAGUAAAUGUUAGCCUCCAGAUUUAUCAACGAAGCUUUCUGCAAUUAUAGAGACCACUAUUUUUAAUUGCCAAAAUUAAAAAAAAAACCUUGUAUCUGUGGAUACUGAACAUUUAACUCAAACAAAAAGCUGAUAAUGAUAAUUUAUUCUAGAACAAAUCUUUAGUCAAAUGCGAUUUUACUUUCAAUUUCAAUCAUUUAAAUUUUACCGUUAUUUGUUUUUGGUAAAAAAAAACUGAUUGAUGUUUUUAAUUAAACAGCCAUACAAUAAUAUUUAUAGUCUAGCUAAUUUAUUAUUUAAUUCAACUCAUAGAGCACAAAGAUAUUUUGUAUGACGAUAGAUAGAUAAGUUUUGUCUUCGUAAAGUUUUAUAUGACAGAUUUCUCAAUGUGACUUGUAAGUGUGAUUUUGUAAAUAAAAUAUGAAGGUAGUUGGUUGUAAUCGCUACGUUAGAGAUGAGCUAUCCAAGAUUACUAUUGAUCUAUUUAAGUAUUACAACUAUAUUACGUACGUGUGAUACAUAAAUCGUGUAGUAACUACACUACCUCGUUUCUAUAUAAUUCAUUCUAUCGCGAGCACAGCUCGUAACUACUUUGUUAUAAUAUUAUGCUUGUUUGCUCAUUUUCUUUUUAAAUCCUAGAUGUUACUUAUUUUAAUUUAUUAUUUUCUAGUCGUAUUCUGUUUUUUCAUGCGUUAUUCAAUAGUUAUAUCGAUUUAAGUAUGUUUAUGUUACAAUUAAAUUAAAUUCAACAUCCGUACCUAUCGUAUUUUUUACAUAUCUAAGUUAAUAAUGCGUCUUCAUCUGAAAUAUUGUAUUUCUGUGAACUUUUUGGUACAAAUUAUUCUUCUUAUAUAAAUAAAUUAAAUGAAAGGUAUUUAAGUAUAUUUUUAUUACAACGCGAAACAACGAAAAUAUAGUCCUUUAAUUAUAUUAUAGUGAAUUCAAUACAGUAAAAAAUAUAUUAUUAGUCAUUCUUUUUACCAAAAGGUUCAUAGAAUCUUUAUUAAAAAAAAAUAGAAUGAUAUUUUUUUACACAAAUAUUAUAAAAUGCUCAAUAAGUCACUAUUUAUAUUUUACGUUAAUAACAUUAUUCUACAUAGUUAGUUCCUUGUUGAUUGUUCUGAAUGAAGCUCUCAUUUGAAUCUUAUAUAAUAUGUACUUAAUUUACGAAUGUACUGUUUAUUUUAUAAUAAUAGGAAUGUUUGUAAGUGUACCUAAGUGUUGUGAUAAAUGUAUGUGAGAAUUGUUUGUUCGGUGCGUGCUAUCUUUAUGAUUUAAUGGUACAAAACAGGCAAUUAACUUGCUCAAAAUUAAAUUUAAGAGUAUUCACACGUAUUGCCUGUACGCAAAACUGUAUUUCGCUACACCCAAAAUUACAAUAAAUCAUUUGAAACUCUUUAAUACAAACGUAAGGUUGUGAAGUUGUAAAUUACUCGUUUUGUCGUCUUCCGUAAUAUUGAAUGAUUAAUUUUGGGGCAGAAUUCCUUGUAAAAGACAUGUUUAAUGUAUCAUAAAAAUUUUAUUCAAUUUCUAUAAUUAUUUCUACUACUAACGAAAAUUUUUAACAUUAACUUAUUAUAACGAUUUAAGCGUAUGUUGUACAUGUGUAUGUUUUUACAGUACCACAAAAUGUGUGUAGGUAGUUUUAUUGAAAUUUCUUAUUGUGAGUGUAUGUUAGACGUAACUGUUUGUUUUGAGAAAUUAUAACACGUUUAUAAAUGAUGUUUAAAAUGUGAAUGAAAGUUAUUCGCUUUGAUUUCGUGUACGGAUAUUAUUAGAAUUUAAUAAUUUAACUAAAGAUGGUUUCCCAUCCGCGUAAACUUGACACAAAGCUGCCAAAUUAUAUUGAAAAAAUUGAACGAACGAACUGUACGCCACUAACUCGUGUGAUUAUUUGGUUGUGUUAUAUAACAUUGUAUUAGAAAAAAAAAAACUAACGUUUUAUUGUUAAUUGUUAUACAUUAAGUUCUAACUGUGCCAAAUAUUUUGAAAACGCUCUAAGUACUUAUAAAUACAUCAUUUUUAGUUUAAUUUGUUAUUAGUAUUAGCUUACGAUGUUAUUAGCUAAAUUAUUUUCUAGUUGGUUAUCUAAUAGAGAAAAGCUAAAUCAAAAAUAAAUAGUUUUUUAAGACAUAUUUUCAGUCAGAAAUGUGCCAUUUAUUUUCAUACAAAUCGCAUCAUCUCUGCUAGGAUUUGAUAAGAACAAUUAUUAGUAGCUUAUAUUUUUUUCUUAACACGCUUCCUUUUAAAUACAAAAUAUUUUUUGAGAAUGCAAACCAAAAUAAUCUACUUCGUAUAUUGCGAUUUAUCAACGAUAAUUCCCUCCAGUAACAUUUUACUCUUAGCCAUUAAGACUGAAAACUUCUUUUUGGAUUCAGCAAAUUAUAAUUUCGUUGACAGCGCGUGAUUUCAGCCUUGUUUAAUGUUUUUAUUGAUCAGUUUAAUUAACCCAUUCCACGUGCCAACUCGUCAUCCUAGUCAGGGUAUAGCUUACGUAGAAUAUGCCCUUAAAUUAGUUAAAAAGAUUAGAAACAGCGUAAGUUCGGUAUUUAGAUCGCAACUACCGUAGACUACACUAGCAAAUGCCCGCUGUAUUCUAUAGAUAAUGCACAAGAAACGCUAAUUUAUCUAAAUUAUAAGAAUGAAGAUUUUAACCAAAAAAAAAACUUAUUUCAACUUAAAUAUAGAAGUGCCUUACAAUUUAAUUUUUACACUGUUUGGUUUAUUUAGUUCACAAGAGCAGUGGUUUAAUGCAUUUAUUGUUGAUAUUAUCAUUCACUCUUCGCUCUGUCAUGAGAGUGAAGAUUAGUGAAUCGAUCGUAUCUCCAUCGUUAUUUAUUAUUUUAUUUAUUAAAUAUAAACAAUAAAAAAUAUAAAAUUUAGAAAAUUAAAUUAAAAUUAGAUUAUGGAAAUAAAUAGAAACAUUCAUUCAUCAGAUAUUAUUUUGAACGAAAAGAAAGAAUAUUAUGUAUCCUUUACAAUAUCUACGAGUCAAUUCUAUGAAGAGUUCAUAAAUAAAAGUAAUAAUGUACAUAAGUCGAUAAGUUAUUAUUUUAUUAUAAAUUACCAAACAAAGAAUACAGCAUUAGGAAUAUAUUUCUACGAGUGUUACCAGCUCCUGAGUAUUGUUUAAUUUCGCUUCGAAGAAAUGACGUCCUUAUUAUCUGACACUAUUUUCUGUAAUAUAUUAAAUGGCACAUAGUGUAAAUGUAAGUACUUCUGUAUUCGUGUCAACACAUGAGAAUGUUAUUAUAGUAUUAAUAUUUUAUAAGUCUAAAUGCAUAAUAUUAUAUUCUUCUAAUUUUGUAUCGGUCAGAGUGCAGGGCGUCGGGGAAUCCUCUCGAGUCGCCGGGCGCUUAGCUGUAUUUGUACGUACCUAAUACGUACCUAUAUGUGUACUUGUAAUAUAAUUGUAGACGGUGAACUGUCGCGUGCCAAAACGCACGAUAAUUGAUAUUACACUCUGUGUUGUGAUUUUGAUCGUUCUGUAAAAUACAAAAUGAAUCUUUUAAAAGUACUAUGAAAGUUUGUAGACACAUUUUUAGAUUAGCUAAUUUCUUCGCGUAGACAUGUUAGGUCGUCAUUGAUUAAGCAUUUAGAUUAAACAUUGUAGUAGCGUGUAAUUGGAUGAUGUAAGUGUAUUGCGUUUAGAUUCAUUGUUAUAUUCAAUAAAUGUGAUCAUUGUAAUGAACAACGAUUAAGCUCGAGUCCUGCCCUCGUGCCACUGGGCGACUCUUCACAACUUCGCAUAUCUUUGAAACAAUAAGUAAUAAAAUUAAACUCUAUUAUUUAUAUUGAUAAAUUUAUUAGGAUAACUAAUUUUUUAAGACAAUGACUAUUACGUGAUCUUUUAGAUUGUCUUUAUUAAUAAAUAUAUGGUGAAGGUUU